GCGACAGAGCCCGGUGUUAAGCGGCAGCUGCAGCCCACUGCACCGUUCAGAGAUGGAGGCAGAGCCGACAGCCGCUCAGCUCCUAUAAACCGGACAGGAGGACAGUAGCUGGGGGACACGGUGACCAUGACUGAUUCUACUGAGUGAACAUUUCCACUAGAAAACACCGGGAGCGCCUCUGGGAUCCAAUGAAAGCAGCCCUGUGUUGAGCCUCUCCUCGGUGGGUUGGCAUGGCUCAGUGAUGAACGGAGCGGUUUUGCCCGGUAGCCCGGAGCUUUCCUCCUCAUGCCCGCUGCCUGACUGGAGAGAGUUCUGUGAGCUCCACGCUCGAGCCUCAGCUGCUGACUUUGCCGACAAGUUCCAGCGUUUUCUGUCGGAGAACCCGUGCUACGACUCGCCAGGUGCCGAUGCCAGCUUCUCACAGCAUUUUGCCAACCACUUCCUUGAGUGCUUCUCUGUGGCGCUGACCCAGGCAAAAGAGAAGCAAGUGUCCUCUCCUGGGGACGAAGGCUGCAACGCGGCUCCGAAGUACACCAUCGUUCCUUUCCUGGGAAUCCAGGGUUGUCCACUGUCCUACGGUCACGACCUCUAUCAAAGGCGUAAGGACACUGGGGCUUCAAGUGAGUCUCUGGACAGCAUGGACAGUGGUGGGGGAGGGAUAGAUGGGGGAGGCAGUGAAAAUACCUCCUCUCGAGGUCCACAGACUCAUAAGAUGUCAGUUUUAGGACAGUCUCGGAGCUCAGAGGACGUGUCUGUCAGCCACCCUAAGGCUCGCUUCAAGAAAGGCUUCUCAUUGAGGAACAUGAGUCUGUGUGUUGUGGAUGGGGUGAAAGAGAUGUGGCAUAGACGGGCCUCCCCCGAACCCGACGGUCCUUCAGGAACCAGGAAGGCCAAUGGAGGAGGGGAGGCAGGAGGGGGGGAGAAGUGGUCCCAGAAGCUGAGGCUCCCCCGGAGUUCCCAGAGCCACAAAGCCGAGCUGCUGGAGAUCCAGAGGGAGGGGGCGCUGAGAUACAUGGUGGCCGACGACACAAACUGUAUGGGUGCUGCACAGUGGCAGAAGUGCCGCUUGCUGCUCAGGAAGACAAAGCGUGAGGAAGGAGGGGAGAAGUUCCUGCUGGAGUUCUACGUUCCUCCGAAGUGUUCGAAGCCUAAAGUGAGCAUCCCUCUCUCAGCUAUCGUGGAGGUGAGGACCACCAUGCCACUGGAGAUGCCCGACAAGGACAACACUUUUGUUCUCAAGGUAGAAAAUGGGGGAGAAUACAUCCUGGAAACCAUCGACUCUCUGCAGAAAAACUCCUGGGUGGCUGAUAUCCAGGACUGCAUAGACCCCGGAGACAGCGGCGAUGACAUCGAGCUGGCGUCAUGUCCUCACGGUCAGGCCUCCAAAGAAAGCUCAAUGGUGGCCUCCUGCAGCUGUGAGCUGCUCUCCGAGGGUGUGUAUCGCACUCCGGAGAGGUCCUGUUCCACGACAGCAGAUCAUUACAGCGCUCCCUCUGUGCGAUGCAGGGAGCCUCCUUUCACCCAGCACCCGUCUCACAUGCCUUUAGAGCGCUUCCUUCAGUCCCCAGAGGCUCAGAGCUCUACCUCUUCUGCAGGUUGUGGUGAAGCAACAAAAGAGCCAGAGGCUGAUGCCAGCUUGGCAGGUUAUCCGUGGUUUCACGGUACUCUGUCCCGUGUGCGAGCGGCUCAGCUGGUGCUGGCGGGCGGGGCAAGGAGCCACGGACUCUUCGUGAUUCGGCAGAGUGAGACGCGGCCGGGCGAGUACGUUCUGACCUUCAACUUCCAGGGCAAAGCCAAGCAUUUACGCUUGUCUGUUAAUGAGAACGGGCAGUGCCACGUCCACCACUUGUGGUUCCACACCGUAACAGAUAUGCUGAGACACUUCCACGCCCACCCGAUUCCCCUGGAGUCCGGAGGUUCAGCUGACAUCACAUUACGCUCAUAUGUGCAGGUUCAGAGAAGCUCCACUGCAGAUUCCACCAUGCCUAUGGUUUUGACUCCUCCUAGGGAUGCAUCCUGCAGGACGGAUCCACCUCAGACGAUUCUUCACCCUCCUGGAACUGCUGCUUCUGCAGGGCCGUCAUCUGAUGGCCCCAUAUCCUCGAGCACCUCCUCCUCACCCACUGCCAUCCCGUCCCUCUCCAGAAGUGACCCUGGUACAGGACUUGGUGUGGGAGCGGGGCUGCAGAGCCGUAGUAAUAGCUCAGAACGCCUUCUGGAGGCCUCGAGCGGAGCGUCCGAGGAUUACCACGACGCUGACGGGACCCGCAGAGCCCGUGCUGUGGAGAACCAGUACUCUUUCUACUAAACAACCCAAAACAUGGGGUCUGCUUGUUUAUAUUCUGAAAAUAUAAGGUGUCACGGACCGCUCUGCACAUUUCCAAAUGGUCCAAAUCACUCCUCAUUUCCUCUGUUUGUUUUUAACUCCGUAUCUCGGAACUGGAAAGCAGAUGAGGCCAAGCAGUGUGUCCAUGCUUGAUUCAAACCAGAUAUCAAGGGUAUGGGCAGCAGGUAUUAAACAACAUGUUAUGAUGCACAAAAAAACUUAAAAGUGUGGAUGAUUGCAGCCAGAGACAGUAAGGGCAACUUACAUAAAUAGAGUCAUAUGACUUCGAUUCACCUCCUUUGACCAUUUCCUGCUGAGCCUUACCCACAGUUCUCCAGGAGCAGAGCCUGUCAGAGUCCUCUGCCAGAGGACUGAGAGUCUGAAAUGACCUCGCAGAAACCCCACCCCCUCCGCUCCUUAGAGCAUCCUGUUAAUGUUUGUAAAGCUGCUUUGAAUCUGUCCCGGAUAUCCUCGCUGUCCCUGAGGGUUUUCUGUUCAGAGUGCUGCCUCGGGUCGCUACGCUAACAGUGGUUCAGUUAUCACAUGUGUUCAUGUUAGCUGAGAGGUAUAUAUCCUAAACAUGAACAGCCUGAGGGGGCUUGUUUUCUGACAGUUUGCUUAGACGUUAACGGACCAAAGCAGACAACAACGAGGAAUUAACACCCCAAAUUGUCCAAAACUAAACUGUAGGGAAUAAAUCUGCUCUCAGUUUCUGGUUAGAAUCUAGAAUGCCUUGGAGGAAGUGUUCAUAACCCCUGAACCUUUCCACAUUUUGUCACAUAUCAACCCCAAAAUGCAUUGCAUACUAUUGGAUAAUAUGUGUUAAACCAGCACAUAAUUGUUUAAUGGAAGGAAAAUAACAUAUCUUGAAGGGGAUCUGAAAACUGUUACUUUCAUUUGUAUUUUUCUCCAUUGACCCAGAAAAACCUAAAACAGUCCAAUCAGGGUACGCCUGUGUGUAAUGUAUUCGUAGUAUAAAUCCAGCUGUUCUGAGAUGCCUCACAUUUUUUUGGGAAGAAAAUCUUGGAUAAGCAGAAUCAUUUAGAAGAAAUAAUGCAGCAGACAGGUCAGACAAAAAUUAGGAGACAUUUAAAGCAGGAUCUGGUUAGAAAGAAAGAUUGAAAACUUGAAGAUCUCAAAAAGCUCAAGUCUGUCCAUCAUCAGAAACAUGGAAGAGCAUCUUCCACCCCUCCUGAACUAAAAUGAGAUACAGGGAGAGGCUAGUGUGGACUAUGGAAAAUCACUAUGGAAAUCCAGAGUUUAAGUUGGAGAAUCUGUUCUCAGGAUGAGUGGUGUACUCCCCACAACCUUCCCUGAAGAGUGGAAAAAAAUAAAAUCUCUUUUGAAAGAAAGAAAUUUUCAGUUUUCAACUAGUUAGUUGAAGAAAAAGUAAACACAUGGAAGGAGGGUCCCUGGUUAGAUGAGAACAAAAUCAAACUUGUUGGCAAACAUUUGAAACUUAAGACUGCACAUCCAACCAUCCCUGAGAGGAAACACAGUGGUAGCAGCAUCAUGCUGUUGGACUGUUUAUCUUCAGUUAGGGCAGGGAGGGUAUUCAAAGAGUAUGGGAAGUACCGGGUAAUAAGACACAGGUUACAAAAGACUUUAGACUGGGGCAGAGGUUCCCCUUUUGACUGAACAAAGACCAUAAAAAAU